AUGCCAUGUAAGACCAACACUUGGCGGGGCCUGACUUGGCUCAGCAUGGUUGGGCUACUCUUGACUGCAUCAAAUCUGACAAACAAGCAGGCCUUGUUCAUUGCGAGCAACUUCACUGGAGCUUGUAGCCUGGAUCCCAUCUCUUCCAUUUCCGAUGGGAUAGCAAUCUACAACGUUGACACCCAAAGUCCAAACUCAGCACCAUAUUUGACCUCUAUCAAUGCUGAUAUGUUGAACAACAUUGGAACAGCUGGUUUCAGUGGCUUUGACAGCGUGCCGAUGCUGAGGUACAUCUCAAUGUCAGGCUUGGUAUCGAUCGGUUCCCUGGAACUCCAUGUGGGACCUGCAAAUGUUGAUUUGCAAUUCCCAUCGCUCUCAAGUGCGGAGAGUAUUUUCCUGACGGGAAACAUCAACAACACGAACUUUGACAAACUCAUAACCGUUACAAAUGAUUUGACGAUUGCGCCAACCGUACCUCUUGCCGACGGAUCAGCCUCAGCGCUGGAGUAUGCAAACAUCAACUGGCAGACAUUCAAUCUUAUGUCACUCACAUUUCCGGUUCUUCAGAACACUACAUCGUUCUAUGCUGUCGGGAACUUUACAAGCAUCGAUGCACCACGUCUAGCCACAAUCGCUGGCGCCGGCGUUGGAAACCCUCAGUCGACAGGGUUGACGAUUGCGGCGAACGGAACACCUCUCGGUUUCGAUUUUCCUGCACUUCAAAAUGUAACGCAGGUCUCGUUGUUUGGAACAAUCUCAGAUUUUUCGUUCCCACGGCUGGAGAGAAUCGAUGGAGACUUCUCCUUCAGAGGGAGUCCGAUUCCCACAAAUGUUAAUCUUACGGCAUUGAAUAAUGUUUCGAGUAUCGUGCUAGAUGGGAAUAUUGCCAGCUAUUCAUUCCCUUCUCUCCGGUACAUCGAGCAUGAUUUGAUCAUCAACAGUGAAGGGCUUCUUGAUUGCGAUCCCGCUAUGAAUACGUGGUCAUCUGCAACCCACUUGAGUGACGAUCCGGUCUUGAACAUCACUUAUUCCUGCCAAGGUUCAGGGGGAAGUAAUUCGGGGAAAGCUGCUCUUACUUCAGGUACAAUCAUCGGCAUCGCAAUUGGCUGUGCAACGAUAACGAUUGGCGCCAUGGUUCUUGCUGGACUUUACCAGAGAAGGAAAAGAAAAUUCGAGCCUAAAGUCGCAGCACCGGCUUAUGAGCAUGAAUUGAAUCAAAGAACUUGGAGACGGGGAAGUAGAGGUGAAGAUGGAUUGCCUGAAUAUGCUCCUCCAGUUCCGCCUAGGGAUGGAGUAAGGAGGGGAAAUGUGACGUCUUGGGGCGGAGUAACGGCAGUAGAGACAUUGCCUGGGUACGAACCGUGA